UCAGAAUGCGCGUCAAUUGGAUUUUCCUUUCAAGUGGCCUAUAAAUAUGCUUCUCUCUCUCUUCUCCAUAACAAUAUGUGUAUUCUUCUUCUUCAGUUCAUGCAAACUGUCGAGCAGUUCAAAGAUAAAAGUUUGCAGAGGGAAACAUGCCAGAGCCUUAAAGACAAAGCUCUCUCACCAUUCCCACACAGCAACAACAGCAUGAAUGAACAUUACAAGGCCCAAUCUUAAACCAUUUUUGUUCACACACACUCGCACACACUCUCUAUCUUUGUUUCUCUCUCCUCACCGAUAUAAAUUUCUGCAAUACACCCGAACAAGUUCUCCCUUCCAACAUUCCCAUAUCUCCCAACACAAAUUUACUAUAAGAAAAUAGGGAAAAUAGAAAGGGAAAUACAGAACAAAAGAUAGAGCAAAAUUAACAUGAACAAACAACUCAAUUUCAGCUGGCUCUUUAUCCUAAUCCUCUUCUUAUCAACAUCACCAUUUCUUCUCAGUGUUUCCUCCGCCGCGGACGGCGGAGGCGGCGCCACCAACCCAUUCACCCCGAAGGCCUCUCUGCUUCGCUAUUGGGACAAGGAGAUCCGCAACAACCUCCCGAAGCCAAACUUCCUCCUCUCAAAGGCGUCCCCGUUAACCGCCGUAGACGCAGCCGCAUUCUCAAAACUCGCCGGCUCCGGAGGCGGAAUCGCACUCUCUACGCGCCUCCCGGAGUUCUGCGCCGCCGCGAACCUCCUCUGCUUCCCGGACCUUGGAGCCUCGCUCGAGAAGCACGACAAGGACGCCAACUUCGCCGGCUACGGAGACAAGAACUUCACCAACUACGGAACAAGUCGACCCGGUGGUUCCGACGCAUUCAAGAAGUACUCCGACGACGCCAACAUCCCCGUCAACGACUUCCGCCGCUACGGCCGCGACUCCGCCGGCCAUUCCGAGAGUUUCAGCAGCUACGCCACCGACGGCAAUGUUGUCGAUCAAUCCUUCCACACCUACGGCUCCAGCGCCGCAGGAGGAGGCGGUGAUUUCCGCGGCUAUGCCUCCGGUGUCAACGUCCCUAACCUGGGGUUCACAUCCUACUCUGAUCACGCCACCGGAAGAACCCAAUCCUUCAAUUCAUACUCAGAAAACGGCAAUGCUGGACAACAAUCCUUCACCUCUUAUGGCAAAAACGGGAACAAACCCGAGAACACGUUCACAGGGUACGGAACUGAGUCCAACGUUGUCGGGUCCGGGUUCUCUAACUAUGCUGAAACCGCCAACGCCGGCAACGACACGUUCAAAGGGUACGGCGUGAAUAUGAACAACCCAACCAACACUUUCUCAAACUACGCCAGCGGCGGAAACGGCGCCGUGGAGAGCUUCACCACCUACAGAGAGCAAUCCAAUGUGGGUGCAGAUUCUUUCACCUCUUACGCCAAAGGCACCAACGCCGCCAAAGUGGAGUUCAGCAACUACGGAAAAUCGUUCAACGAAGGAACUGACACGUUCUCAGGCUACGGAAAAGGUUCCACCGGAAAAACCGAGGUUGGGUUCACUGGCUAUGGAGUCAACAACACCUUCAAGGAUUACACAAAAGACGGAAUGUCAUUCGCGAGGUACACGAAUGUGAGUUCUGGUUCUGGUUUGGGUUCUUCUCUAGUGAAAACGAAGGAUUCUGGUAUCAGUGGCAGUUUGGUAAAUAAGUGGGUAGAACCGGGCAAAUUCUUCAGAGAGAAGAUGAUAAAGGAAGGUACCGUGAUGCCCAUCCCUGACAUUAGGGAUAAAAUGCCUAAAAGGUCGUUUUUACCCCGGACCUUAUUGUCGAAACUACCCUUCUCUACUUCUAAGAUCCCUGAACUGAAGCAGAUUUUCAAAGCCUCAGACAACGGUUCCAUGGAGAAGAUGAUGAGAGAGUCAUUGCAAGAGUGCGAGAGGGUCCCAUCGCCCGGGGAAACGAAACGGUGCGUUGGAUCGGUGGAGGACAUGAUCGACUUUGCAACUUCGGUUUUGGGUCGGAACGUUGCGGUUCGGUCAACCCUGAACGUAAACGGGUCGAAGAAGAAUGUGUUGGUGGGUAAGGUUAUUGGGAUCAAUGGUGGAAGGGUCACGCAGUCUGUGUCGUGUCAUCAAAGUUUGUUUCCUUAUUUGUUGUAUUAUUGCCAUUCGGUUCCGAAGGUUCGGGUUUACGAAGUGGAUCUACUUGACCCAAAAAGUAAGGAUAAGAUUAACCACGGUAUUGCUAUAUGUCACUUGGAUACUUCGGCUUGGAGCCCCACUCAUGGUGCAUUCCUUUCUCUUGGGUCGGGUCCGGGUCGGAUUGAAGUUUGUCAUUGGAUCUUUGAGAAUGACAUGACUUGGACCAUUGCUGAUUGAGUGAAAAGGAGUUGAUAAAAUGUGUGAAGAGUAUGGAGAAGAACAAAAAUUUCUGCUAUGAAAGUUUAGCAGGAAAAUUAUAUUUUUAAGUAUUUAUGGUUUUUAUUUUGUUAAAUUUUUUUUUGGAUAUUUUUAGAUUUGACAGAAAAGUUUAAAUUAUGUUUCCUUACAUCUGGAAGAAGGUAUAUUUAUAAGAUUAUUAUUAUUAUUAUUA